UUGGCUUUUAUGAGCUAUUCAGAAGAGAUUUAGUCAUCACGUUGUGUCACAAUGGGAGUGACUCACAGAGCAAGGAGAGAACCUAAGGACUCCGCACACAUGUAGUACUCAGAGCUUGACGGAAACCCAGGCACCUCGACCUCAAGAGGACCAGCCUGGCCAGGGUGGCACAACUCUUCCUUCCCCGUGCACAGCAGGAAGGCUGCCAUCAGCUGAGCAAGUCCACCAACAGUUUCUGUGUCACGUUUCAUCUUUAAUAAGGACACCAUCUUCUUUUAUUAUACAAGAAAGGAGUGUACCUAUCACACACAGGGGAAAAAAUGCUCUUUUGGGUAUUAGGCCUCCUAAUCCUCUGUGUUUUUCUGUGGACUUGUAAAGGAAACCUAAAGAUUGCAGACAUCACUGAUAAGUACAUUUUUAUCACUGGAUGUGACUCGGGCUUUGGAAACUUGGCAGCCAAAACUUUUGAUAAAAAGGGAUUUCAUGUAAUCGCUGCCUGUCUGACUGAAUCAGGAUCAACAGCCUUAAAGGCAGAAACCUCAGAGAGACUUCAUACUGUGCUUCUGGAUGUGACCGACCCAGAGAAUGUCAAGAGGACUGCCCAGUGGGUGAAGGACAAAGUUGGGGAAAAAGGUCUCUGGGGUCUGAUCAAUAAUGCUGGUGUUCCUGGUGUGCUGGCUCCCACUGACUGGCUGACACUAGAAGACUACAGAGAACCUGUUGAAGUGAACCUGUUUGGACUCAUCAGUGUGACACUAAAUAUGCUUCCCUUGGUCAAGAAAGCUCAAGGGAGAGUUAUUAAUGUCUCCAGCGUUGGAGGUCGCCUUGCAAUAGUUGGAGGGGGCUAUACGCCAUCCAAAUAUGCAGUGGAAGGUUUCAAUGACAGCUUAAGACGGGACAUGAAAGCUUUUGGUGUGCACGUCUCAUGCAUUGAACCAGGAUUAUUCAAAACAAACUUGGCAGAUCCAGUAAAGACACUUGAAAAAAAACUCGCCAUUUGGGAACAACUGUCUCCAGACAUCAAACGACAAUAUGGAGAAGGUUACAUUGAAAAAAGUCUAGACAAACUGAAGGGCAACACAUCCUUUGUGAACAUGGACCUCUCUCUGGUGGUAGAGUGCAUGGACCACGCUCUAACAAGUCUUUUCCCUAAGACUCACUAUGCUGCUGGAAAAGAUGCCAAAAUUUUCUGGAUACCUCUGUCUCACAUGCCAGCAGUCUUGCAAGACUUUUUAUUGUUGAAACAGAAAGCAGAGCUGGCUAAUCCCAAGGCAGUGUGAUUCAGCUGAGGACAAAUGCCUGCUCCAGGCUAUGAGAUUGGCUGAUUUCAAGAGCACAUCUCCUUUUCUCCUUACCUGCUCCAACCUGGACUCGUUUAGAUUGUGCUUGUUUGGAUUACAAAACAGAGUCCCGCCAUUGCUGGAGGUGUCCCAGGGUCCCUGCUCAAGUUUUCUCUGAAAAGAAGAACUGGAAUGGUACAUCACAUAGGCAAGUCCUGCCCUGUAUUUAGGCUUUGUCUGCUUGGUAUGACAUAAGGGAAAUGGAAAGACUUGCCCAUUCAAAAUGAUCUUCACCGUGGCCUGCCCCAUGCUCAUGGUCCCCAGCAUUUAGAGUAACUUGUGGAUGUUGAGUAACAUCUCUUAUCUAAAUAUUAAAGAUGAGUCAAACAUU